AUGGUCUAUAGAACAAAUUCGAAGAAGUGUGAAUGCCCGUUCAGGAUUGUUUUCAAAAGACGCCAUGAAGAGGAUCUAUUCCGAUUGUAUAUUAUUCCGGACGGUCGUCACAACCACCCUCCACCCACAAGUUUAUAUGGACACCCUGCAUAUGCCCGGUUGAAACCACAUCAGAUAGAUAAAGUUAGGCAGAUGAAGGGAUUUAGACCACUUAAGAUCCUAAAUGAAAUAAGGGCGGAAGAUAAGGAUAACUUGUCCACCAUUUCCACAAUCAACGCCGCCAAAGCAACGAUUAAGAGAACUGAAUGGGAUGGUAGGUUCAUUAUGCAACAAUCAAAGUGGUUAGCAGAAACUCUUAACUACGCCAUGCAAACUAAGGUAGGUCCGGAUGAGAAAUUGAUUCAUAUUUUUCUUGCACAUCCAAGGAUGAUGGAUUUAGCUCAGUGUUUUUACCAAGUUUUAUUCAUAGAUUGCACCUACAAGACAAACAAGUAUAACAUGCCGAUGUUGAACGUGAUAAGCCAUACUUCGGAUAAAAAUUCAUUCACCGUUGCAUGGUGCUUUAUGGAAAAAGAAGAAAUAGAGGACUAUGUUUGGGCGUUGGAACAAGUGAGGUUGAUUUACCGUGGAGAAGAGACGCCACAGGUUAUAUUUACGGAUAUAUAUUUUGCAAUUAUGAGUGUCGUUCGUCAAGUCUUUCCACUUUCUCAACAAUUUCUUUGUACGUGGCACAUCCAAACCAAUCUUUUUUCUAAUUGCAAGAAUCAAAUCCAAAAUAUCUAUACUAAGAAGGGUAAUCAACGUUCUAAGGAAGAAGAUGAGCGUUUAAGUAAACUUUCCAAAAAAGAGCGAGUGGAAGAGAAAAAGAAAGAAAAGGAAAAAUACGAUGAAGAUGGGGAUGUAUGGAAAGUUUUUUGCCAAGAUUGGGACUAUUUGGCUCAUUCGAAAACAGAGGUUAAGUAUUAUGCCAACUUGCAGAAUUUUAUUGAUGUUUGGAGCACAGAUCAUAAGAAGGUUGUUGAGUAUUUCCUGAAUACAUGGUUAAAUCCUUGA